AGAAAAAAGAGAAAAAGAUUGGGGAUUCUCUGGUUUGGCAUCGUUCCAGAGGAGGAAGGGCUGAAAGAGAGUGGACCGUGGAAGGAGAAGCGAUGACGGAUACGUUGGUCAAAGCUGCCGUCGAUGCCAUUCACUUGAGCCCUACUCAGGCUGUUCUCUACCUUUCCGGCGGCGCUUCUCAGGCCAUAGGAUGGUUGCUUUCAGUUCCUGGAGCUUCCGGCACAGUCCUCGAAGCUGUCGUACCUUACUCUAGGCCUUCCAUGAUCCAGUUACUCGGCAAGGUUCCCUCUCAAUGUUGUAGCCGUAAAACUGCUGAAGAAAUGGCUUUGCUGGCUUAUAAUCGUGCUCUAAAGCUAUCUAGGCCAGGUUAUCCUGUUCUUGGUGUCGGUUUUACUGGUUCUUUGGCUACCACUCAUCCAAAAUUUGGUGAUCACAGGAUGCAUAUGUCAACAAGAUUGGCUAACCGACGUUGGGUUUCCACAAUCACACUGUCGAAGGGUUUACGUACUCGGGAGCAAGAGGAGAUACUCUCAAGUCAUCUUUUACUUAAGGCAAUUGCUAGCGCAUGUAAAGUUCCUGGAACCUUUGUUUCAGAUUUGACUCGAUCUGAUUUAUUAGAAGAAUGUGAAACGCUAUUCUCGGAGGAUGAAGAACUAGAGCAACUUAAAAGCGGGGAAGUUUGCUUUAAGGUCUAUCCAUUUUUAAGGGAGACCUUUACAACAGAUGCAGAAAGAAAAAUAAUACUCUCUGGUUCUUUUAAUCCGUUGCACGAUGGUCACGUCAAGCUUUUAGAGGUUGCAACCAGCAUUUGUGGUGGUGGGUAUCCUUGUUUUGAAUUAUCGGCUGUGAAUGCUGACAAACCACCCCUAUCAGUAUCACAGAUCAAAGAUCGUGUCGAGCAAUUUAAAAAAGUUGGAAAGUCAGUAAUCAUUUCUAAUCAGCCUUACUUUUACAAGAAAGCCGAACUUUUCCCUGGUAGUGCCUUUGUUAUUGGUGCUGACACUGCAGUAAGGUUGAUAGAUCCCAAAUACUAUGAUGGGGAUUACAAGAAGAUGCUGGAAAUUUUGCUCCGAAUCAAGAACACUGGGGCGACGUUCCUCGUUGGUGGUCGAAACAUAAAUGGCGUUUUCAAAGUUCUUGAAGAUGUUGAGAUUCCACAAGAGCUAAGAGACAUGUUUAUCUCAAUACCUGCAGACAAAUUUCGUAUGGACAUUUCCUCCACCCAAAUAAGAAAACAACUUGGAAUUUAAUCUUCUAGGUGAUUAGGUAAAGAACAAUGAAACUUCUUUAAAAAGAAAUCUAUUUUACUUUUAGUUUCAUAGUAUGUACAGUUUGCUUAAAUAUAUUUUACAUUGGUGUAAAGAUUAGAUCAUUUUUGGCAUUCAAGGAUUUAAAUUGCUUGUUUUAGGACUAUCAGCAUA